AUGACACGUCAAACUGUUCCCAACCUCUCCCGUCACACCGACCUCACCGGGAACAGCCACGGCGCCGGUUCUGCCCCCGGAUCCGCACCCAUCCGCAGCGGCCAUGUUUCGUACAACGUCCGGGAGGCACCCUUCGGAGCGCCCAAGCAUCUCCGCAUCGUAACCGUCGGCGCCGGAGCCAGCGGCCUCAACAUGAUCCGGACCCUGCGCAACACCCUGCCGCCCUCCUCCUUCGACAAUGUCGUGUACGAGAAGAACGCGGACAUCGGGGGCACCUGGUUCGAGAACCGCUACCCGGGCUGCAAGUGUGACGUGCCGUCUCAUAAUUAUCAGUUCUCCUGGAGGAAGAACCCCGAAUGGUCCAGUUUCUUCGCGUCGGCCGGCGAGAUUGAGGCCUAUCUAUGCAAGCUGUGCGACGAUGAGGGCAUGCGUACGGCGAUCAGGACGUCGCACAAGAUCCUGGGAGCCGCCUGGUCCGAACCGAAGGCUGUCUGGGAGCUGCAAGUUCAGAACUUAACGACGGGGGACACCUUCUCCGAUUACGCCAACUUCCUCAUCGAUGCCUCCGGCAUUCUGAACAAGUGGAAGUGGCCCAGCGUACCGGGUGUCAAAGACUUCAAGGGCACUCUUGUUCACACAGCAGCAUGGCCCGAAAACUUCGACUUCAAGGACAAGACUGUUGCCGUCAUCGGCAAUGGCGCGUCCGGCGUCCAGGUUCUGCCAGCGAUCAUGCCUCAUGUCAAGAAGCUCCACCACCUCAUCCGUUCUCCCACUGCCAUUCUCCCCCCUAGGAUAGCUACUAUGAAGAUGGGUCGCGCCGCGCCCAUCAUCAACCAGAUUGAGCUUGAUGAGCAGGAUAACUUUACUCCCGCCCAGAUCGAACGGUUCAAGUCUGAUCCCGCCUUUCUGGAGCAAUUCACCCAGGCUCUCGAGAUGGACUCGAACAUCAAGUUCGCCAUUGCUUUGAAGAAAGACAGCCCCCAGCAGCAAUGGGCUGCAGGCAAGGUCCGCGAAUUCAUGACUGCCAUGCUUAGGGGAAACGAGAAGCUGUGCCAGCAGCUGAUUCCAGACUUUCCCCUGGGAUGUCGCCGUAUGACUCCUGCUCCAGGCUACCUCGAGUCAUUCCAUGACCCAAAGGUCUCGCUGGUCACGAUCCCGAUUAAGCGAUUCGUUCCUCAGGGUAUCGAGCUGGAGACGGGCGAGCUGAUUGAAGUGGAUGCAAUCGUAUGCGCCACAGGCUUCGACUCUUCGUUCAGACCCCCUUUCUCCUUGGUCGGCAGGCACGGCAACUUGCAAGAUAUCUGGACCGCGGAGACGCCCAAGUCAUACAUGUCUCUUGCUGUUGCUGGUCUGCCUAAUUACUUCAAAUUCCUCGGACCGUAUGCCCCAAUUGCCCACGGUGACGUUUUCACCCUGUCGGAACACAUUGCAACGUACAUCGCAAACCUUAUCAACAAGGCGCAGUCGGAGAACAUUCGCUCCCUGGCACCCUCUCAGGCUGCUGUCGACGACUUUGCUGCUCACGUGGCGGCGUUCAUGCCCCGUACCGCCUUCUCUGGCAGCUGCCGCAGCUGGUACAAGCAGGACGAGGCUGGUACGGCCGCACCAGUCGUGGGUCUGCACCCCGGAAGCCGCAUGCACUUCCUCUCCAUGCUUGCGCGGUUCAGGGGAGAGGACUGGGAAUUCGCGUACGAAAACGAGGGCAGCGCGGCCAAGGCCAACAGGUUCGCGUAUCUGGGCAACGGCUUUACGAUGCAGGAGGCGGCCCUCUUGAAGGCGGCGGCGGCCGCCGCCGCAGCUUCUGCUGCUGCGUCUGGGAAUUGA